AUGGCUGCAGCUGGUGUUCUGUGUGCAGCUGGUGGAAUUGGAGGUGGAGGCAUCUAUGUGACUGUGCUCAUGGUGGCUGGAGGUCUCAGAGUGCGGGAUGCGGUGCCGCUGAGCAAAUCCGUAGUCUUCAUCGGAUCCAUCGCCUCGUUGAUCCUGAACCUCAGGAAGGCUACUGCGACCCGUGAGUCCUUGAUCGACUACCACGUCUGUCGCGUCGUGGUUCCUGGAGCUUUGGUAGGGACCUAUUUGGGCGUCAUCCUGAAUUCCAUCGUGCCGGGCUGGGCAGUGCUGUUAGCUUUGGUUGGCAUUUUGAUUGCCAUCUCCUACAUGAUUCUUCAAACCACCUGGCAACAGUAUGCCGAGGAAGAGCACCUCCGGAGAUUGCCGCAGCUACCAAAGGCCAGCGACUCCAACGUUUCAAAGGACACUGUACCCGAGGUUUCCGCACUUUGGAAGACACACGAGGUGCAGCAAUACACUGCCACAGAUCUCCUGCUGUCAGCUGUCAUGCUGCUGGUGGUGGUGACGGGCAGCGCCUUUCGUCACCACGCCAUCCGUUGCCAAAUUGCGCCCGAAGCAGAGCGCCUGAAGGCCUGUCAUCACCCCAGCCUCUUCUGGUUGGAUGCGAAUACAUUGAUGACUUGGAUGCAGACACCUAGCACCGCUGCUUUCAUCAAGGUCUUCUUUUUUGCUGGACCUUUGAUCUUUUGCGUGACUGUUCUGGCUUGCGUGGUCACAAAUCUGGUCAAAAUUGGUUGGUCUCCGGCUUUGGCCCUGAAAUUCAGCCUGAUGAGCAUGACCACUGGAUGCUUAGCAGGUUUCGUUGGUAUCGGAGGAGGAUUGAUUUUCUCGCCCUACUUCCUGCUGAUGGGCUUAGAACCUGCCACUGCUGUGGCGACAUCUUCCACUUGUGUCAUUUUCACAUCUUCUUCGACGACCUUCCAGUAUCUUUUGACGGAUCGCAUCAUCGUCUCGUUGAUGCUUUUGUAUGGGCUGGUGAACUGGGUCUCUUCCUAUGCAGGGACUUCCAUGGUGCACCACCUGCAGGACCAGUUGAGCACAAGACGGUCCUUCAUCACUGGCAUCGUGUCCUUAGGGGUUUUAAUCAGCACCCUCUUGGCUGUGAGAGAACUGAUCUUUGAGGCACCGCGGUCGACCCAAGUUCCACAUCAGCUUGGUGCAGUGUUUAAGUUUCAAGGCUCACCGGCUCACCCCUGUCCCGAAGUUAGCUGCGCCAGCACGGCCACGAUGCCCAUGGUGCGCUGGCUUCUUCUUCCACUGGUGGUGGCCUAUCCCACCCCUCCAGAACAAACUGCAGAUCAACUCGAAAUCAUGGAGCGCGCCAGGGCCAGAGCCAAAGUUGCCUCGGCAGCCGCCACACCCAGCGUUUUGGCUUUCUUCGAUUCAACGCCUUUCCGCCAGAUGUUGAAGGACUGCUGCUCCGCUGUGGCCGAUCUCCCUGCUGAUGAGUUGCUACAGCGCUACCGGGCAGAAGCUCAGGUGGCCGAGUUGGCCCAUGCCUUGCCAGCCACCAAGCAGCAACGCACGCCCUCGGUGGAUGUGACCAUUUCGGAACUGGGCAAAAUGGCGUGGUUUCCCAACGAGUUCCAGGAGGCCAUGCUGCAUGGGCAGAAUGGAUCCUCCCAGGGUUCGGAGAUUUCGGACGAUGCGAUGAAGGAGAUUUUUGGCUGUAAAGCCUUUACUGGAGCUCAACCUACGUGGGAGGAAGCUUCCAGUCGUUUGAUCUAUGUGGCACACAACUUGCGACGUUUGGACACCGGUUCUGAACCUCAUUUUGGAGAUUUCACCGUGAUCUUCAACAGCAGCCGAAUGAAGGACGCUGUGCUUAUUGCACCUUAUGACACCGGCAUGUACACCAUGAAAUGUUUACAUCCGGAUCUUCAUCCUGGAAACAUCAGUCUUCAAAAUCUUGCAGGUCCACAUGGUCCACCACACAUGCCGGAUUUGAAUUGCAGCGCUUGGAGCAAGGAUCGAAAAGUAGAUGUUCCAGUGGGAACUUUGGAUUAUUUGGAUCACCUCAUUUUGCCUAACCUUUGGUCCCCCAUCAACAGCUCGGUUACCAAUGAGACGGUGCUGGAUGCUGCACGUGUCCUCUUCAGUCGGAGUGCCAUCUCUGGCAUCGAUUACCGGAGUGUACCGGCCAUUGCGCAGCGAGAACGAAACGACUAUUUCGAGUCCAACGUCUUGGCCAAUCCCCCGUUGCCGGGUGCGGUGAAGCUGGGCAUCGGCAAUUUCGCCAGCCUCUUUGGAACCGACAAAGGCUUGGAUCUCCAGCAGAUCGCGUCGAAGUUCCAGUGGCCACUCUUCUGGGCUUACGGUGAAGGAAUACAAACAGGACCUCAUCCUCCUCAGGGACCGAGCCAACCCAGUCAGAAGCAGACGUUGAAUCGUCGCUUCGCAGAUCCCAGCAUCGUCAACGUCAGCAAUGCCACGAUCAGUAGCGCUGCAGCCCAGCAGUUCCAGACCGUUUGGAACGAAGCGAAGAAACUCCGUCAGGUCCGUCCGAUCACGGAUGACGAUUUGUCGAAAUGGUGGGAAUCUCUGUCGGAACAGGUUCAGGUCGCGCCCGUCUCUGCAACUUCCUGUGCUCAGCCACAUCACUGCAUUGGAGUGACCCUUUCUGGUCAUGAUUGCAUGUGUAAGCAGACACUGGACAAAGUGAAGAAAGUGGAGAACGUGGAGACCGAGAGUUUCACGGUUUAGACAUGUGGCUGGUAGGGGCCUAGCAGAUCUUCGCAGCCUUGAGGCCUCCAAUUCUCGAUGUGCACUUGGCACGUCGAGAAGUUUAUGCAGCAGGUUUUGUUCGCUUUGCUGCCAAUCCCAUAUCCCAACAUAUGAUUUCAAGUCAUACUGGUCCGGCCCUGAACACGUCUUUUGGACGGAUUUCAAAGGGAAAAGA